CUGCCAGCCGCUUCGUUCACUGCAGCCAGGCGGUCAGAACCUAAUACUGUUGUCAUAGCAGAUAGUCAUACAUAAGGUACAUUAUAUACCUACCAGGCAACGAGAGCCGCCGCAACGGCUCUUCACGUCACCACGCUGGAGGAAUGGCAGCGUAGUUCUCGGGGUAGGACGAGCAUUACUAUUGACCGACCAGGACACCACCGACGACCACCUGCGACGCCUCCCGCGAACCUCGCCCGGUCACGAGAACCACCAGACGCGGGAAUCGAGCUUGAGGAUCUGCCUCCACCCGCGCGCCCUCCCACAUCGCUAGAGCGUCCAUCCUUAGUACCUGGAACAGGCUCACUGCGGCGCAGGCAGAAGCUCUGUGACCUCCUCGAGCGCGACAUGAAGUUCUCGCAUAGCAUCCAGUUCAACGCCGUCCCCGAGUGGUCUUCCAACUACAUCGCCUACUCCAAUCUUAAGAAGCUCAUCUACCAGCUCGAGAAGCAGCUGAAUCAAAAUGGACAGGCUGCAACACACCACCAGGAUCCCGAGUCCUCGCCGCUCCUUACGAAUGGCGACCUAGACAACCCCGAUAAAAUCUUCACUCGCAAGUUGGACGAUGAGCUGGAGAAGAUCUGCAGCUUUUACCAGAUCAAAGAGCUGGAGAUUCUGGGAGAAGUAGAUGCCCUCUUGCGGGAUGUGGAAGAGUUCGAGGCGGAGCACGCUGCUGGGGAGGCAGACGGCCAAGGCGGCGAGCGAAGGCAGAGUCUGUGGGCACGAGCACGGCAGCAAAGCAUCUUCCGAGCUCUUCCCGGCAAGCGGAGGAAGAGCUCGACAGUGAGCAGCGGUCGGCGUGCAGCAAGAAUCGAGGAGGGAGAUGAAAGCGAGGAUGAGGACAACGAAAAUGCUCCUUUGACUAAGAGCCAGUCGACACUGGAGAGAUCCACAACACUGGACAGGUCUAUGCGGAAAGACCUCGCCACCGGCACGUACCCAGAUGGCGAGUCGUCCGCAGAGUUUCGACGACGGCCGAGUACUGCCUUUAUCGAUUUUGGCGACGAUGCCCUCCAGGCACUCUACGACGAAGGAAUCACGCUGAAGAAGAGAACCAUUAACCUCUACGUGACUCUGUGCGAACUUCGCUCCUUCAUCCAGCUCAAUGAGACGGGUUUUAACAAGGUCUUGAAGAAGUACGACAAGAUUCUCGAUCGCAAUUUGAAAAAGUCCUAUGUGGCAAGUAAAGUCAAACCUGCCGAGCCGUUUCAGCAGAGCACCAUGGAGCGGAUAUCCGAAUACCUUAAGAAGGUAGAAGAAGCGUAUGCUGGCAUUGUGACUAAAGGUGAUAUCGAGGCUGCUCGCCAGGAGUUGCGUCUGCACCUGCGCGAACACGUCGUUUGGGAACGUAACACGGUGUGGAGAGAAAUGAUCGGCAUCGAGAGGAAAGCCCAAGCUGCGAAUUUGGGAAUCCGAAAUACCAUGCUCGGUCAAGACAAUGAUCCCAAACGAGCACGCUUGCAAGGCGACGAUGAUGACGGCACCACCAAGGAGGUGAAUCUGCCUAUUGGCAAGUAUAGAUGCCCAAAGUUCCUGGUGACGGGCACGUUCUGGGUUCUGUGCGCAAUCAUUGCCAUAUUCGCGGUUCUCUUGUCUGUCCCUAUCAUGGAGCGGCCAGAGCAGCAGAAUUGUCUGGCACUUGUGGUGUUCGUCAGCUUGCUAUGGGCGACAGAGGCUAUACCACUCUUUGUGACAUCUCUGCUCGUGCCACUGCUGUGUGUGCUGUUGCAGGUUGUGCGGGAAGACGUCAAGCCGAAUCGUCGUCUCACGAGCAAGCAGGCUGCAGGCUAUGUUUUCGCAUCCAUGUGGACGCCUGUCAUCAUGUUGCUGUUGGGCGGCUUUACCAUUGCUGCCGCGUUGAGCAAGUAUAACAUUGCUAAAAUGAUGGCAACAUUCGUACUGUCCAAAGCAGGGACGAAGCCACGUACAGUCUUGCUCACCAGCAUGGGUGUUGCCAUGUUUGCCAGUAUGUGGAUAAGCAAUGUUGCAGCACCUGUUUUGUGCUUCAGUAUCGUUCAGCCAAUACUACGGAAUCUGCCUUCUGACAGCGAUAUGACGAAAGCCUUGCUGUUAGGUAUCGCCCUAGCAUCUAAUAUGGGUGGUGCAGCGUCGCCCAUUGCUUCACCGCAGAACUUGAUCGCCCUGGAGAACAUGCUGCCACAACCCGGGUGGGGCACUUGGUUCUUCAUCGCCCUGCCAGUGUGCAUCAUCAGCAUUCUGCUCAUAUGGGUAUUGCUGCUCGUGACUUUCCGACCCGGACGUAACACGACCAUUGUGCCAAUACGACCGAUGAAGGACAAGUUCACUGGAGUACAAUGGUUCAUCACGAUUGUCACGCUCGUCACAAUUGCCCUUUGGUGUGUUAGCCAUCAGCUCGAGCACAUAUUCGGAGACAUGGGAGUAAUCGCCAUCAUCCCCAUCGUGCUUUUCUUCGGAACCGGAAUCUUGACCAAAGAGGAUUUCAAUAACUUUCUAUGGACUAUCAUCAUCCUCGCUGCGGGAGGGCUGGCACUGGGCAAAGCUGUCAACAGUUCGGGCCUGCUCAAGACUAUUGCGGUGUCAAUCACGGCUCAAGUAUCACAUCUACCCUUGUACGGAAUCGUCUGUGCAUUCGCCGCACUUAUCGGAGUCGUGGCCACCUUCAUCAGCCAUACAGUCGCUGCCCUCAUUGUUCUUCCUCUAGUGCGCGAGGUUGGAGCUGGCAUGGAGAACCCGGCUCCUAAUCUCCUCGUCAUGAUUUCAGUGCUCAUGGCUUCAGCUGCAAUGGGUCUGCCCACGAGUGGAUUCCCCAACAUGACUGCAAUCAUGAUGGAGGACUCGCAAACGGGACAGCGUUACUUGCAGGUCAGGCAUUUCCUGACGAGAGGCAUUCCAGCCAGUAUGAUGGCGUAUGGGGUGAUUGUCACUGUUGGAUAUGGGUUGUGCCGCGUCGUUGGGUAUUGAUGACUGAAAUCUUGGCAUGUAAAAGGCUUCCGAUAUAGAUUGAUAGAGCACCUAGACUGGAGACGUGGACGUUCGACUCUUCCCCUCAACCGUCCUUCUCAGGGUCCUCUUCGCCAUACAUGUCUUCUUCGCGAUCCUCAUUUGCCUUAGGUGCGCCAGGUUUGCCCGUCUCGGAAGCUUUCUCCUCGUCCAUUUUCUGAGUGAGGAAAGUGUUGAUUUCGCCCUGCAGCUUCGAAGCGUUGGCGCGCAGGCCUGCGAGAUAUGUCGUCUUCUCCUCUACGCUCCCCGACUGCGGAAGCAGCGGCACAUCCAGAGAAAAGGUGCGCGCAUCGCUGGGAGAUUUGUAGCUGGCAACAAGCGGUGUGUUGGUCAUGUUUUGCCGUUUGUUUGUCG